CGAAAGCGAAUAAAAACAAGCAUAGCCGGCGAGAAAUAGUGAUUAUUUCAGACUUCAACUAACAUAAGCGGGAAUCGUGAACACACAGUGAAUCUCCUUUCAUAUUUCAUCUCUUCGCUCUCCGCGCUGCGGCUAAAAAGGAGCGCUUUUGUUGGAAUAAGUUCGAAAUAAUAUAAAGAAAAUAGUGGUAUGCAGGAAUAAUAAUUUUUUUAUUUAUUUGUUUAUCAAACUGAUAAAAAGCAAGAGAGAUUUUAUAGAGAAAUAAAAGACCUGUGGAUUGAAGAUAAUUUUGUGUUUUUCGUCAAAUUGUGUACUUUAUUGGAUGUAUGUGGAUUCUAGUAUUCUCUGCGUGCAAACAGGAGGAUUGUUCACGUGAAUUCGAUUUAUAAAUUUUCAAUGCGUGCCAGAGGUUCCAUGAGGAGACUUGUGUCUCCAUGGUUACUUUUUAAUGCCACAUGUUAAUAUUCAGGUUACUACAGAUUGCCUCCCUAGCGUACCUGUGUAGUUUUUUUAAAAUGGCAUCUUGUCACAGUUUGUCUGUCAGCUUAGAAAAAGAAGCUGAAUCGCUUCUACAGAAUUCUCAAGACGUUAUUCGGACGUAUAAGCUUUAUAACCAGUGCAGUGGAAGGCACGUACAGAUAGUCGACAUGGCAGUAAACGCCAGGGGACUCUCCGACAGUAUACAUGCAAAUAUAAGUUUCAAAUCCGUCGUCCAUGUUCGACAUAGUCAUGCCAUCAAUAUAAAGGCACAAAACUCUGAACAUUAUCUGUGUUUUAACAAAAAAGGCAAACUAAUAGUCAGAUUUAAUGGUAAAAAACAGGCUCCACUAUUGAGGCGGAAAGUGUGUCUAUUCAAAGAAGGAUUCAGCGAAGAACAUUUUACAGUCAUCCGGUCCCUGUAUGAUCCAACAUGGUACGUUGGCUUCAACAGGAAAGGAAAACCACUGAAAGGAAAUCUCCAUUCCAUCAAAAAACACGAAAAAUGUUUUAAUUUCAUUAAAAGAGAGCACGUGUAUGGUUUAGACGCAAAUCCACCUCCGUCACCAAUCCAAAUCAAAAACCCGUGGAAACUUAAAGACCUUUUACCUCCCCGACCUUUUGGACAAAGAAAAACAGUGCCAAGAACGCCAAUAAGGUGAACAUUCGUUUCACCGUCCUUAAAAUUGUUAGAUUAUUGCGAUGUUAUUUUGGUUGUUAUUGCUUCCUUUUUUCCUAAAUGCUGCUCAGCAUCAAGGCAGGACCUUGAGAGAGUGUUGGCAGAAAAAUGCUCGCCAAAUAUGCUGUCUGCUGUAGGAAUCCGUGACCACGCUUAAAAUUCUUCGAUUGAGGAGAACGAGACGAAAAUGCUGGGGACUGGCUUCUAUGAAUACGAACGAAAGUGCCAAUUUUGUGUUCUUAAAAACUCCCAAGACUGAAAUAAAACAUUCUGCGGACUUUCCUCACCAUUCCAUGUGGAUGUUUAAAUGUUCUAAAUCCCUUCCCAUUAGAUUAGAACAUUCGUAUAUACGUAGUUUUUUUUUUUAAGAAGAAAUUUAAUGUUAUUUAUUUCGAACGUAGAAAUUAUUUAUUACUAUAGAUCUCUCAUCAUCCAAUUGUUCUAUUUUCAUGUAUUAAUGUCAUAGGUGCUUUCAAACAGUUGAAUCUUGUUAUCAUUACAAUGCAAAUCUGUUUGUGCAUCAUGCUAUAUAAACACUUAGAGUUGGGAAAUAAGAAUCAAAAAAUUUCAAUCAGUUCAUGUCAAUCAGAAUACAAUCAGUUCAGGAUUGGAAAAAAAAUUCAAGAUAAUUGUAAAACGAAAUUUUAUUCGAAUUAACGAUUAUAACUGAGGGAUUCAAGCGAAUCAAUCUCAGUACAAGUCGUUCGUUAUGAUCAAUUGAUUUACAUCAGUCCAUUUUUAUACUAAUCACUGAUUAUACUUGAUUGAUUCAUAUCCACAGGUUAGACUCACUUAUCGGAGCCAGUAUUAAAAUCAAUCAAACAUAUUUUAUUCCAAUCAAACGGUUUAGAAUUAUUGUUACCGAGAGACAAGAAAUAAUUUGGACACAUACAAUACAAAAUUCCAAUUCUCAUGUGAAUAUCACAACCAAACUCUCAAAUGACCACAAAAAUUUGACCAUGAAAAUAUUACAACCAGGUAACAUAUUUACUAAAGUGACCACUUCUGUUCUUAAUCGUGUAAUCGUGUCAGAUAUUUUUCACUCUCUUUGCACGAGCAUUCUUUUAAGAAUGACUAAGUCUUAUGAGGUUUAGCACUAACUUUUGUCUUCUAGAUGGAGCCGACAAAAAAAAAUCUUUUGAUUUAAGUCUGGUGAAUAAGAUGGCUGUACUUGUGUUGUAAGGAAGUUUGGAAAAUGUGAUUUACGCUCUUGUUGAGUGUCUUUAGCUCUGUUGGAACUAAAUCUUGCUGGGAGGUCAAUUUUUAGUUCUAAAAAACUUUUGUGCCUAACAAAAGUUUACUGUAAAAAUAUUCGGUUUUAAACUUUGUCCAAAUUAUUUCUUGUGCCCCCUUAAUUGAAAGUUCGUUUGAACAUCAAUAAAUGAAGUAAAAAAAUUAAUUACUUAAUCACGCGGUUUGAAUGCUAAGCCUAAAUGGAACCAAAAGUGCGUAUGGUUACUCUUAGUUUAGCUGAUUUUCUUAUAUGAUUUGAUGGUUUAUCGCGAUAACCGAGAAAAUCAAGUAGUACCCAUCAAUUGAAUAUUGAUAUAAAUUCCAAUUAUCAAUUGAAUUGAAUGUUGGUAUGAAUUCAGAACAUCAACUUGAAUAUUGAUGUUUUGAAUUGACGAAUCGGUGAUUCAUUACCCAACUCUGAAAACUCACUGCUCUGUGACUUCUAAAUAUUAUUAAGCUAGAUAUAGAAAUGGGUAUUCUUACAAAUAUCAAGUGUCUUUUUAUGAGGAAAGUCCGUUUGCAUUCGCUAAUAGCAGUUUUCUUAACUUCCGAAGUUUUCAUUCUAUGUCAUUUGUCAAUAUGUGUACAGUACAUUUGUUAGUGUGUUGUUCUAAUCAUGUGCCAUCACCCAAACAUUGAUGGUUGUUCAUGUUUUUAAAACCAUAUUUUUCUCAAAUCAUUCCAAAGUGUGGCCUGACGCCCAAAACACCAAUUCCAUUGUUCAUUCAUUGCUGUUGUAAAUAUUUAUGAAAGUUAUAAAUUAUUUAAGUUUGUGAGGGGUUUAAUCGAAAAUGUUUUAUGUUAUCUCUAUAUAACUAUUUUUUAAUAAAUACUUUUAUUAAACUAAUCGAAAACUAAAUGAACCAUUAUGUGAUUUUUUUAUGUGUGAAAAAAAGUCGUUAAUAACACGCCAAAAGCAUGAAUCAGCCAAUUGGGUAAGUGGCAGUUUCGUGGUUUUGGCGUGGUACCAACGCUGUCUUUAUAGAAUCCAUCAGUAUCCUCUUAGCAUUGAUCUGGCACAUCGUAGUAUUUGCAUGUUUCAUUGCCGAAAUAAAUAUCACAAUUGACAUGUGAUCACAACUAAACCGCAAAUUAAUUCAAUUUUUUU